AUGAGCACCCCAUCAUCUGUAUCUCCUCCGUCACAACAACGAACCUGUUGGAGGCGAGACAAAAACAAUUCGUUAGCCGAUGCCGCCAAGAGAAAAGAUGAAACCUACCAGAGUCUGCUUCAAGAAUUCUCGUCCACCCUUCCUCCCAAACGGUCGCUGACAUCCAUGUACCGAUCCUCCGUCACCGUCGCCCAAGAAUUUGCGCUGACAUGUCUCUUUUUGGCACGGCAUCGGGUUGUUCUCUGGGAAGAUGAAUUGUUACGACAUAAUAGUGACCACCAACACCACGAGUUGUUAUGGAUCCAACAAAAAGUCAAUGCAUCCCAACUACUGGCAUUACUCGCUUUGAUAUUGAUUGCCAUUUUCACCAAUUCGAGGGCGGCUCCACCGCCACCUCAAACCCGAAAAGCCAAAGUGCUGCAACGACUUGUCGAUGCCAUUUUUUCGGCCUUGUUUCUUCGUAUUCAAGCAUCCGUAUUGCAGACUCUCACGGCUUCCUUUUCCACCGAUACCGUCGAACGAUUGACUGUUGCGGGCAUGGUCAUUCAUCUAGUUACCUGCGAUUAUGCCUACGCCAAUGGGAUCGUCAAUCCUAUCAAUAUCAAUACUACUGCUGAUGCUACGACAGUAUCAUCAUCUGUAUCAUCCAACAAAAACAACGACGACAAGCUUGCCACUCAAAAUAAAAAUAAGGACGACAACACACCCUCCAAUAAUAAACGACCCACAUUUCAAGGCGGCACCGUGUCACUCAAUGCCGCCUUUUUCUCUACCAUUCUACUGGCGAGUCGACUCUCCUCCAACGCUCAAGUCUACGUCUUUGUGUCACUGGCCAUUAUUCUAUUUGCCUUUUUUCCAGCGGCGCGGCAUGCCAUUUCCCAACAUCCACACGGGGGAAUCAUUCAUUCCGUUACUACGUUAUUGCUGGCGUUGUCCACCGCCUGUUUGUUACAAGAUAAAUGGGAAUGUCUGGUAUUUGCCAUGGUCCUCUUUAUCAUUUGUGGAAUUGCGCCACUGUGCAAGUUGUGGUUGCAACAGUACAAACAAGCCAUUCGGGGACCGUGGGAGGUCGUCACGGUUGCAGAUAUGAUGUUGGAUUGA